CCGACAGCCCUUUCGACGAGCAGUCGAGCGCCGGGAAACGUCGAAAAACGCGCUUUCCGAGUUUUGGCGAGAGGUUCGCGUGUAGCGUGUACUGCGCGUAUGGCGGGCUAGCGCUCACUCGCUCGCUUGGUGUUUUGCGGCUGGAAACCUAAGGAUUUAUCGCUUCUUUUUUGGGUUUCGGCGGAGGUGUGCUGCGGGUUGGUGCUGUUGCUCUGGAUUGAUUUGCACGCGUCCUGUUGCUGCAUGCGGAGGGGCCGUGUGGGAGGUGUCGGGAAAAUGUGAUGGAAGAGGAAAUCGACUUGGGGCCGAUCUUCAGCUUUGAGAUCGAAUGCAAUGAAACGAACGAGAUGAAAGGGAGGAAAUUUCAACCAAUUUCUACUCCGGAAGACACGAGUUACCAGUGAAAUUGAUUUGUGAUGCUGAGACUAAGCAUGUUGCUGAGCUGCAUAUUCAUGACCAAUCAGGCACUGGAAGAUUCCAACCGCAUGACCCAACUACCCCUGCACCAGGAUGAGAGCCGUCUAGAUAUGGGUUACCUCGAGAAAAGGGAGAUAUCUGUGGACUUCGACAAAUACGCGGUGACUUGCUACAUUUGCGUAAACGUGUCGGACAACGUGGUCUGCAAUCAGUACGCCAUCGACAAACCCUGCAGGCCAGGUGAAACUUUCUGCCACACUCUGCACAUAAUGGAUUCGAAAGGGAACAGUGUUCUAGUUAAUAAGAAAUGUACAACCGACCGGGAGUGCCAAAGAAGCAAAGUCGGUUGCGUAGAGAUCGAUUCACAAAAAAUGUGUGUUUCAUGCUGUGAUAAAGACUACUGCAAUUCCGAUGUGCCGACGAAUUCCACCAACGCCACCUUCGAUAAUCGAAUAUCGAAAAUGAGAAUGCUGGCGAAAAACCUAUUCACCGACCAAGAGAAAGCAAUGACCACAACAAUCAAGAAAUCAUGUUCUUGUACGACUUUCAGUUUCACGUGGAUGUUCCGAGGCUUCAUCGUUUGGCAACUGCUGAUUUCGAGGUUAAUAUGAGGCUGAAGACAGUGUUUUCGAAACUUACGGAACAAUCUGGACAGUUACGGGAAAGAAGAACUCUAAGGGACUUGCAGCUACUUGCGGACUCAUCAACAUCUUCGAUAUCGAAACGCCCUUUGAAACGGUCAUAGCUGGAUGUCCUAGAGCAAUAAGAUUCGUAAAUCGUCUGGACAAAAAGUCAUCCACGUAGUUUACUGACGGAUCAAAAUCAUAGAGGGGCACCGGCAUUGGCAUGGACCUAAACUGAGGAUCUCUAAAGUCCUGGGAUGUGAAUCCUCAAUUUUGCAGACUGAGACACUGGCUGUUUACGUAUGCGCUCAGGGGUUUCUUAAAAUUAACCUCAAAGGGGCCCAUAUUUAUAUCACCACGGACAGCCAGACCACGCUGAGGAAUCUCGAGAGUGGAACACUGGAUUCAAAAAGUAUCUGGAUCUUACCAAGAAUAUCUCCUUAUUGGAUUCCUCACAGGGCAUUGUCACUUCAGCAAACGCCAAAGGAGAAUGGGUCUAACAGAAAGUGAGGAGUGCAGAAUCUGUGGG